CUGACCCAAGCGCAGUCUGUGGAGGAAGUUGGCUCCAGGAACCCCGACGUGCACGGAGAGGCUUUUUUUCUUGCACAACUGCACCUUGUUUGCACGACUGGGCGGCUGAAGUAGUUGAAGAGCGUCUUGGUGGUGAGUUUUCACUGGAGAGCAGCACCGCACCACGUCGUGCCACACGGGGAGGAGGAGAGGAGAGAAGAGGAGACAGGGCUGAAGUUUCCGCUGGCUUGUUUUGUCGCUGCGGGGCUACUGGUGAAAUCCGCAGGAAUGUCGCAGAACGAGAGACCCACUUUCUACCGACAGGAGCUCAACAAAACCGUGUGGGAGGUCCCGGAGCGCUACCAUAACUUAUCUCCCGUCGGCUCCGGUGCUUACGGAUCCGUAUGUUCAGCAUAUGACGAGAAGGCAGGCGUGAAGGUAGCAGUGAAGAAGUUGUCCAGACCCUUCCAGUCCAUCAUCCACGCAAAGAGAACAUACAGAGAGCUGCGGCUGCUCAAACACAUGAAGCACGAGAAUGUGAUCGGUCUAUUAGAUGUUUUCACACCAGCGACGAGCUUAGAGGAGUUCAAUGAUGUGUACUUGGUGACCCAUCUAAUGGGGGCAGACCUGAACAACAUCGUCAAGUGUCAGAAGCUGACUGAUGACCACGUCCAAUUCCUCAUCUACCAGAUUCUCAGAGGCUUAAAGUACAUCCAUUCUGCAGACAUCAUCCACAGAGAUUUAAAGCCCAGUAAUCUGGCCGUGAAUGAAGACUGUGAGCUCAAGAUCCUGGAUUUUGGUUUGGCACGGCACACAGAUGAUGAAAUGACAGGCUAUGUAGCCACCCGGUGGUACAGAGCCCCAGAAAUCAUGCUCAACUGGAUGCACUACAACAUGACAGUGGAUAUCUGGUCGGUGGGCUGCAUCAUGGCUGAACUACUUACUGGUCGGACGCUCUUCCCUGGCACAGACCACAUUGAUCAGUUGAAGCUUAUAAUGAUGCUGGUUGGAACCCCAGGGCCUGAGCUCUUGAUGAAAAUCUCUUCAGAGUCUGCAAGGAACUAUAUCAACUCACUUCCCCAUAUGCCCAAGAGGAACUUUGCUGAUGUAUUUAUUGGUGCCAACCCUCUUGCGGUAGACUUGCUGGAGAAAAUGCUGGUGCUGGACACAGACAAGCGGAUCACAGCGUCCGAGGCUCUGGCCCACUCUUACUUUGCCCAGUACCACGAUCCAGAAGAUGAGCCUGAAGCAGAGCCGUAUGACCAGAGCUUUGAAAGCCGUGAGCUGGAAAUCGAGGAAUGGAAGAGGUUAACUUAUGAGGAGGUAGUCAGCUUUGAGCCACCUUCGUUUGAUGGAGACGAGAUGGAAUCGUGAGGAGGGCGGCAACCAUUGUUUUCCAAGAAACACUCUUUAAGGACUAUCAGUCUAAUGUGACUAUCCACCACUCUCCUCACACACACACGCACAACCACGACAUUCAAGUGCCUGCCGUCAUUCAUCUCCGGGGGACGUUGCGAUUUCAGGGAUAAAACUUCCCGUUCAUCCCGUCCUUCACUUUUUGCUGGUUUUGUUACUUUCUCUUUGCAGCCAAAUGCGCUGAGGCAGACUUUAAUCCUCCUUUAUAUUUUUAGUGAGUUUUUACAUCAGACAUUUAUUAUUUAUAUAGUGUCCCCUCUUUGAUACAGAAAACGAGUAUUUACAUUUCAGUAUCUUAAAGCGAAUUGGAUUCUGUAUUUUAUAAAGUUAUACAACUUAGCAGGAAUUAACACUGAAUGAAAAAUAAGUUGGAUUGAGUAGUUUGAAACAGUGAUGUGUCUAAAAUGUAUCUUUCCUCCAAACAUUAGAAUUACAUGUUAUUUCUAUCAGUGCAGAGACCUGAUAAAUAUGUGUAAAUAUGACAGCAAACAGUAUUUGUACAGAAGUACUUCAGUCAAACGAGUUACCACAUUGGUGUAAUAGUCAUAGCUGAUCCCUUGCACAGUAUGAAUUUUAUAACCAGAGUUUAGUCAGAUAUGCCAUAUAAAGAAAUAUGUAAUUUAAUACAAGUAUGUAUUAUAGCAUUGGCUAGAAAUAUGUGAAAUAUUUACUUCUCAAUGGCACAGAUUCAAGGCACAGAUUCAAGGCUUGUUUUUCUUGUAGAAUUCAAGGAUUUACAGCUUCCCUUUUUUAACAGAAGUCUGAGUUUGGAAAAAGUGUGUAUCCAUUAGCUCAUUUCACUCACACACAUUUUAGAUUAUAGUCUCUACUCCUUUUGCUCUGUAUAAAUUCUUCUUUUAGCACUUCUGUUGUUUCAGAGGAAUGUUUCAGCAUACAGUCACCCUUAUCACAACCUGCAGUACCACUCAAGCAUGAUAAAGCCAGAAGUGGCUUGUUAGUUUUGAUAUUUGGUGUUUUACAUCAUAUCAUCUGACAAUGUACUUUAAUCAUAUUGCAUUUAUAAAACAUAGUACUAUUAAUGUUUAUUGAAUGUUGGGGGCGCCAGUCUGCCCUGUAUUUAUGAUCUCUUGUCAUGUUUGUAUAUCGAUGUAAAAGAGAAUAUUAUUUGUCAGAAUUUAAGGUUCUUUUUAUUAUUUAUGGAGAGCUCACUGUAUCGGAAACCAAAUGUAUCAUCAAUAAUCUAAUACGUCAGUUAAGCCGUUGUGACUGCAGUUACAGCUUGUAUCAGAGCCAACAAUGUCGUUAAAUUGUUGAGGACAACUAUAACUUUUCCAAUCAGAUUCACAUUCUCUAUGUGCUUCAAGUACAUCUUGCAUUGGCAGACAAACCACUACUCUUUACACUCCCAUUUCUUUAGUGUAAAACAUUGAUGGAGAAAAAAAAGAAGUGUUUUUUUGUUUCAAGUAAUGUUUUUCAUGUGAAUUAUUUUCACAUGUGCCAUACAAGCUUUAUCCACAGUUGCUCUGGCUAAUCAAUCACACAAUAUCAGUGUCUUCAGUUUCAUCAGGAUCUGCUUGUUCCCAUGUAGUGCUUUUUCUGAUGUAUUAUUUUAUUAUUUGUGUGUUCAAAUCAAGAUUUGAUGUUAUUCUGUGAUUCUGAAAUAUUAAUUGUUUUUUGGGUAAUGCUAGAAACAUAUUUGUCAUUCAGUUGAAUAAUUUAGUAGGGCACAUGUUUGUGGGAAAGAGUGUACGUUUACUCACUGGAUGCUGAAGGGCAAAGCUGAAGCCUCAUUGUUUGUAAUUAAAACAACCGCAUCAGUUUGAUAGGAUAUUUAUCUCGUCCAUAUCCCAAUGUCAAUAGUUAAUUUGGUCAUUGGUUAUGCUUUCUUUGCCUGAAAUGUGUUCCUAUCUUUUUACUAUGUUCUAUACCACAUGUACCAAGACAGCAGGCCACGCCACCUGUAAAUACCACCAUUAGAAAAUAAAAGCUACUAUUUUUCAAACCUGUAACAGUGUACAGUUAUGUUGUGCCACAGUUUAGCAUGCUGGUACCAGUAGGCAGCAGCAUAGCAUCAAUACAACAAAACCUGUAAGA